AUGCCAAAUCACCUCGUCAUCUCAGAGUUAUCAUCUCCGAUGACUCCAACAAACUUUGAUCAGGAUGAUGAUGAUUUUAAAAUUAGUAAGGAGGAAUAUCAUCAACCUUUUUUUAUGAUGCCACCAAGUUCAAUUUCUUUGGCAUCAGUUUUGGCUGUGAAAAUAUCUUCCGGUUUGCCAAUUCAUCAAUGCUCGAACAAUAUUGAAUCAUAUUAUUCUCCGAAUAAUGAAAUUAUUUAUUUAUUGGAUAGAACUAAUGACAAGUUACAAUUCUUUUUUUUGGAGGAAAGUACACAGUACGAUAAUGCAACAUUUGAAUUUUUGCGAGAAUUUAUUACCAUCAAUAAUUGUGGAAAUAUUAAAUCGAUUAAUUGGAUGAGGUCACACACAACAGGAGGCAUUCAGUCUAAAUUCUCGUGUUAUUGUCUUGUUGCUAGGGAUGAUACUUUGGAAAUUAUAUUCUUUUCUAAAAGUGACCAAGAUGAGACGUUUAGUCCAUCAGAAAGGAAUGAGAAAAUUUUAAUUAAUUUCUUAACAGACGAUUCGGAAACAAUAUUUAAAUUCAAGAAUGAAAGAGUAACAUGGAUUGUCAAAAAAUUCACAAUAUCAUUCUCAAAAAUUACAAACUCCAUCAAGAAUGCUAAUUUUGGAGAAGAGGUCUCCAUGAAAGCAAUACUUCCAAUUCUUGAAGAUCGUCACUUUUUAAUAUUAUUCGAUAACAAUCAUGUUUGUGAAGUUUCUCUACAGAACUUUUUAUUGCAAAUUUGUAGUAAUUUUACAAUACAAGCUCCAAAGGAUCAUACAUAUAGAGAAUUAUUGGCAUAUCAACAGUUUCUUUUUUGCUCACUUUCUUCCAGCCCUUCUGAAAUGCUAAACAAAGUUGAUAUUUGGGAUAUCUCUAAAAAGAAGAAAGUUGGAUUUGUAAAUUGUGAUAUUGUAAAUUUAUGUAACUUUAAAUUAUCGAAUAACGGAUUACUUUUAACAGCAACAUGUGACAAUGAUGUAUAUAUUAUAGAUUUGGAUUUAAAAACGGAAAAUGUUAAAGAAGAAGAGCAUGUUCAACGAACAGAAGAAGAUUUUGAUGAAGAAGAUGAUACUGAAGGCGAUGAAGAAGAAGAGGAAGAUAUUGAAGGUGAUGAGGAGGACGAAGAACUUUCCUUCAAUGAACUGCUCAAUCAAAGUGAAAAGAAAACGGAUACUAUUGAGCCAAUAGAAUCACUUUUACCUUUCUGUUACACCUCAGAGAAUUUUUAUCAAUCUCACUGGUUUGAUAAUACAGAACCUCAAAAGAGAUCUACUAGUGUUCUCAUCGAUUCAGGUGAUGAUUUUGGUACUGAGAAAGAUACAAAGAGCAAUUAUCCAUUUGUAGUUGCAAACAAACAACGAAAGGAAACCAUAAUGAGGGAUUCACUGUUAAUCAAAAGAGGAUCAAUUGGUAGUUUAGAUAGUAAUUUAGAGUCAUUUUCGAGAAAAGACUCUUUAAUUUCGAGAACAUCAAGUCACAACUUUAUGCUUUCUCCUAGGAAAGAUGAAAAUAUCAGCCACAUUGAUGAAGGCAUUACUGUUAUUCAUGCAGUUGAAAAGAAUUCUAAAAUUCAUGACUAUAUCAUAACAAAUAACAAGUGCUACAUCAUUUUUGACUUGUUGGAGGCUGAUAUAAGACUCCUUCAAGUUUAUGACAUGCUUUCAGGAAAAACCACAGCAAUAUGUUUGGAAAAGGGUAAUUUCAUUUCCCAAAUUUACUGCUCAGAUGUACAUUGCUUUUACAUAACAGAGGAUGCCCACAAACAUGGAGUUUUCUUUAUUAAUGUAAACACCAACAAGAGCAUUCUUUUGAAUAAUCUUAUCAAGUACGAAAGACAAAGAUUAGCUGAGAGGUUAUGUGAUCUUAAUGGCUGGGACAGAAAAUCAUUAGCAGUUCAUGCUAUAGAGCUUGGUUUGAGAAAUAGAGAACUUGCUGUUGUACAAGAUACUUUGCAACAUCUUGAUCCGGAGCAAGAGUUAAAUGUUUGCUAUAUAAUUGCCAAGUUUAUUCAAGACACUAAAUUUUCAAAAGAUAGUGAAUUUAAAAUUCAUACUAUCACUACAGCCAUAUCUUACAUUCUCUCAUUGAUUGAAAAACGAAUUUUAGAGCUGGGUUCAAAGAAUGAAUAUAAUUUGGGUGAAGAAGAGCCAAAUACUUUUGAUUCUAUAUUUAUAUUCAAAGAUAAGAGAGUACCUAUUAAGAUUGAAAGUACUGAUUCUGUGAUUAAAAAGUUGGAGAUUAAGAAUGCCAAAAAGUUAGACAAGUUUAUGGAAAGUCAAACCAUUUCUGAAAUUGAUGAAAUUACAAGUGCUUCAAAUGACAUUAUUAAUAAUCCAUCUUCUAACACUAUUUCAAUCAUUGAGGAUAUCAUGAGUUCCAAGCAAGUUUUGUCAAAACCAGAAGAAGUUUUGCUUUUAUCUAGUAUCAUUUCUCUAUUGAGAUCAUAUUUGAUAUAUAAUAAUCAAGAGGAAGAAGAAGUAAAUGAACCAAUAGCAGCAGAUUUACUUAGUUCAUUCAAUUCUCAAAGCAAGAGAAGUGAAACUCUUCGUUCAGAGAAGAGAAUAGACCUGGAUUUGUCUUUUUCUGGAGGUGAUAAUUUUAAUGAUUUAUCCUUCUUCGGUUCCGAAAUGAAGACAGGUGUAUCGAUUAACAAUGAAGAAGAUAUGUAUAAUUAUGAUGCCGAGGAGAAUGAAAUUUCUGAUGCAGACGAAAAGAAUGAAAUGGAAAUGUUUGACAAAAUUUUAAUGAGAGGCAAUGAAGAACUUUAUCACAAGUGGAAGAAUAUGGAAAAUAAGUCCAUAAUUGUUGAUUGUUUGACUAAGGGUCUUGUUUCGCUUGGUUACUCAUUCUUGAAAAAUAGAACCGUAAAGCACAAGUCUGCAGCUGAAUGUGAUAGUGAGGAUGAAGACAAUACUAACAACUUUUUCGAAAUUGAAGAUUUUGAAAGCUUUCAACAACUUUCCUUUAUUGUAAUAUAUGAACAUUUAGUUUCUGGUGAAUAUAAUCUUGCUAUUAAAAUGCUAGAAAACUUGGGAGAAGAUGUUACAGAACAUUUAAGAGAAUUGGCUUUUAAUACGAUCGACAAGAAUAUUAGAAACCAUUUAAUUAAGGAAUUGAAGAGAAUGAAGAAGCUUUCAGAAGAGGAACAAGAUGUAAUAGAAUUUCUUCAACUUUUGGAAGAACUUUAUCCUGAUACAUCCAUUCAAAAAGUACUUGAAAAGGUGCUUCCAUACGGACAGUAUAAUCCUUUCACAGAUGAAGAUUUUGAUCAAGUGGAAAAAAACAUUGUUAUUGGAGAUAUUUCUGAUGAUGCACAACUUACGCCACUCCACCACAUUACAAGUAGUGUUGUUGUUGAAUCACCAGUAUCUUCAGAUAGUUCAGAUAGCCUAGUUUUUAAACGUAAAGUGUCUAUUCAAUCAAGAAUGAGAAGUGCUUCAAUAUCUAGCACUAACAAGAAAAUUUUAGCACUAUCAAAGUCAAAGUCCUCUUACUUUGUAUCUAAAUUGAGUUGGUUAUUGAGAUGGGAUAAACAUACAAGAGAGAGAAUUCUACUUGAAAAAGAUUAUCACGAUAAUGAGUCCAACAAAUCAAAGCUUGCCUUUUGUAUUGCUCAUCAUGAUUUUGUUGGACUGGUGAGAUGGUCAAAGAGUGCAAUUAAAUACUACGGAAACUUGAAAAAGAAGAAUGAAAGUGUGAAAUGUUAUCAAACAGAAGAUGGAGAUAUUCUCUAUGUUCCUGAAGGUUACUCUUCCAAGAUGCAACAGGUUGUUGAAAGUUGUCAAGAAGUUAUCAACAUUGUCAGAGAACAAUUACAAUUUUGUAGUCCAAUGAUGAAAGAGCUAUUGUUGAAUAGUCUUGCAUUCAGAGGAAUAUUCAUUAGAGAAGAUACAAAGGAUUUUAUUUCCUUGUUGCAAAGAUUUUGUGCAACCUAUCAACUUUUUUCAAAUGAUAUUCCAUCUAAUUUAAUAGAAACUUUGUCUAUUGAAUGUGAUCCUACCAAUAUGUUCGAUUCUGAUAAGGAUAUUGUUUCCAACCCAAUCAACACAACUUAUUUACAUCCAGUGGGAGAAAUGAGCAAAUUCCACAAAGACUUUAUUUCUUUCUGUAUUGAGAAAAAUAUUCCUAGUAUUUGCUUUAGGUAUAUUGACAAGUUUAAUAUUUGGGAUGCAUUAGAUAAAUCCUUCACUGAAGAUAAGAGACCAUCAUGGUUAAAUAUGUUCUUACUCUCCAAUAAGAAGGAUAUGUUUAAUUUAUCAUUCAUUAACGCCCAAUCUAAACUUAGAAAUAAUGAUAAUCAAAAGAUUAAUUUGAAUAGCAUUCUUAAUGAAAAUCCAAUCAUGGCUCUCUCCACACAAAUGUAUUCUCCAAAAACUCUUCAUGAAUCUUUGGAAGAACCAAUUACAAGUGAGCAUUACUUGAACAGUUCUUACUUAUCCAAAGCGCUUCAGCCAUAUCCAACCUUCCAUUCUGCACUUUUUAAUGAAAAAAGUACAAAGCAUUCUGAAAACCCAACCCUAUCAAAGGAGAGUCAAUCUGAAAAUGAAACUAUCAACCUUUGCAAUAACGAAAUUGCAAGAGGUAACAUUGUUUCAUGCCAAAAAGAUAUUUCUCUAUUUGAUAUGCUUAAACAUACACAUAUUGAUAUGUCUAUUGAUGAAAUUUUAAUGAUGGACGAAGGUAACGAAAUUAAUCAAGGAGAGUUUAAUUUAUUAACCCCUACUCAAUUUAAGAUUAACAAUAGAGAUGACUUAUUCAACUUUUCGACAUAUGAAUCAAGUAUCAAGGAGGUUCUUGAUAUUUCCUACUAUUUGAUGAAUCAAAGACCUUUGGAAGCUUACAAGGAGUUACUCAGUGAAGUCAAUUCUACCAAGGAUAAUGAAUUGAAAGAUUUAAUAGAUGAUGCUUACUCACCUUAUCUGUAUGGAGGAAAGAACGAACAACUUCCCCUUUCAAAUUAUAUGGACAAGGAAUCCCAAUUGAAUCUUUGUGAUAGAGUCAGAGAAAUUGCAUUGAAUAAUUUUUCUAAUCAAGCUAUCACUUCCUCAUGUAAAAUGUUCAUAGACCUUUGCAAUUUUGAAGAGUAUUCUGAUAAGUAUGCCAAGGUCAUCCUUGUUGAAACAAAAGUAGCUAGAAGAAUUUUUGAUUUUCAUCCAUCUUUUGUUGCUCAAGUUGAUCAACCACAACAUGUUGAUAGUCCUUCUAAGAAGCUCGUCGAAGAAUUUUUACAAAUUUCCGUAUCAAAAUCUACAAGUUCCGUUUACGAACAUUAUUUAUCCCAUCCUCAAUUCAAAAUUCUUAAAAUGUUGGAAGAAGCAACUGAAAGCAUGCUAAUUGUUGACAUUUCAGUCAAAGAAUUUUUAGAGAAGGAGUAUAACUCUAAGAAUUCCACUGAUCCAUCACAAGUUCAAAUUUUAGAUGGUAUGAGAAAUAGUGGACACAAGAUUUAUGUUUCUCCUUGGAAGCUCUUAUCUGUGUUUUCUGAAUUACAUGGUCUACCACCAUUUGUAAAUCAAUUAAAAUCUACUGCCAAGAAAGGACAAUGGAUUUCAUUCCUUUAUCAUGCUCAAGAUAUUAAUGCUCCUAUUGAGACAGUUAUGAGUAUUGUAGAAGAAUUCAUGCCUGAUGUCAUCAAACAAUUUUUAAUUAUUGUUCUGAGAGAUAUGAAAUCAAAACGUGACCAUAUUCAAACUAAGUUAUCAAUAGAGAAUAAUAAUAACGAUAUUCUUACGGAUUUAAAUCAAGAAAAUGAUAUUAUAUUCAAGGCAUUCCUAGAAAUUAUGAGAGCUGAAGAAUUCAACUUGAAAAAUGAUGAAGUUGUUGAGUAUUUGUUAAAUAGAUCACUUGCUCUUAGUGAACCUUUACUUGCAAUAGUUGCCACUUGUUAUCUCCCUAAAGAUUAUACAAUGUCUGAACUUUUCACUUGUAUGAAAUGUUAUUUGCAAUCUUUAAAGCAAAAGUUAACAAAUACCGAAAUGAAAAAGAAUGAAACCAUAUCUAUUAAGAAACAAAAUAUGAGAAAGUUGACAGAAAGUAUUGAUAGAUAUAUUCAAGAUUUUUGUUCAAAUAAUUUCCUGAAAGAUGAAAAACAAAGCGGUGUUCACUAUAUUACACAAUCAUUUGAAUUGUUUGAUGUUAAUAAUCCAAUUAUUUCAUUCUUACAAUUCUAUGAAUCAUAUGUUCAUGAAAAUAUUGGAAAGGCAACAGAUGAAAUGAAGACAUUUGUUAAAGUUGUAAAGGAUUUGAAUAGUGGGGUUGCUCCAAACUUUAACUUUGGCGAUUUAACAUGGGUUGUCUCCACUUCAACAGCUCUAGCACAACAACUAUCCAGGUCUUUGAACACGCAAUACAAACGUACCAAUUAUCUCCAGUUACUUCAUCAGACACAAUUCUCGUUAAUUGUUGAUGUUACCAAUGAGUUUGAAAAUAUGUACAGUGUAAAUUCAUUAUUUGAAAGAGUUUUCAAGUCUGGAGAAGUACAAGAAAUCGAUCACCUCAAUGUCUUUACAGGAAAUCCAAAUCAUUUUAUUGAAUCUCUGAUAGAAAAUAACUGUUUCAAAGAGGCAAGACAAGUUAUUGUCAUGUAUAGAAAGAAGAUUACCUAUUCAAAUGAUAAGGUUACAUACUCUCAAGCUCUUUACAAGAUUCAAAAAGUUCGUUCACUCUAUGUUACUAAUACCACAGAUAUCAUUACUGCCUAUUCAAAAGUGAAUGAUCUUUUCAUCAAGCACAGAUAUCCGCAAGAGAGUGGUGCUAAAUUCUUCUUAGAACAAGCAAUACUCUACCAAUCAGAAUAUUCUUCUACCAGCGUUUUACAUUUGUUGAAUCUUGCACUGUCUUGGUAUGAAGGAACCUAUAAUAUAACCAAAAAGAGAGGUAGUAUUGAAAUGACAAAAACAAAUCCAACUCCAUGUAGAAAUCAAAAAGAUAUUGACUAUCUUGUACAGAGUAUUGUUUUACUUUCCAACUCUGCAGAUAACUUUUUUACAAGUGGCGCCUCAAUAGUUUUAGCUCCAUUAGAGGCCAGAUUUAUUGAAAAUACUCAAAAUUCCUCAAAACGAUCAAACCAACCAAAUAUACCAACCAAUAUCAACAAUAUGGAUGAAUUAUUAGAUAAGGUCAUUGAUAAUUUAUUACUAAAAGAACAGUACAAAGAAGCAAAGAAGCUUGCUAAUUACUAUUCAUAUAAUAGUAAUAUUUUACAAAUUAUUGAAGUUGCUCUUACAUUGGCAAAAGGUUAUGAAUUACAAAUCAAGACAAUGUAUCAAGAUUCUGAUCAGAGAAAUAAUAGCUUUGCUGCCAAAACGCUUCCAUCAAAUAUUUAUUCUGCUCUUAAAGAUAUGGUCCUCAAUAUUGAUGAAUUUGACGAUAUUCAACAAAUAUUAGAUAAGAUGUCUCUUUUAUCUUUUGGUUAUAAGAUGAAAGGUUCCAAACACUUCCUCAAAGUUAUUGCCCUCAAUCACAAAAUUGGAAGAAUUCUCCAAUUAAGUUAUGAUAGUGUUAUUACAAAGGAUGAUUUUGAAGUUUUAAAACUCUUGCUAAUGAUGUUUGGAAAGGAAAAGCUUAAAGUUUGUUCUUCCUUCAUUCAACUUCGUAAUCUUGAUAGCGAUAGAGCUUCUAAAGUUUGUGCUAAUUAUCUCUAUUCUACCUAUGUUGAGUAUUAUAGAAACGAGGAUGUUUCCAUAUUCAAAAAUCAAGAAGAGGGAGGAGGUGAAAUUCUAAUUGAAGAUUAUUUCCAAUCCUCAUCUGCCAAUAAUAAUAACAGUGGAGCAAAUGACAGUACCUCAAGUACCGAAGAUUUUGAUGAUAGAUUAUCAACAAGUUCUGGUAGCUCAUUUUCAAGCUUUGAUUUUUCUAGCUCCUAUACAGCAAGUGUGCAAACUUCAACAUUCUUUAAACAAUUUAACCAACAACUUAAGAGUAAGCCAAUCAAAACUCUCAAAGAGUCACAAAAACAAUUCGAUCUAGUCAAAUGCACCAUGGAUGAAUUUGCAGAAUUUGCCAAUAUUGCAAAAGAUCCAUCAUCUAUUGCUCGUCAAUUAAUCAAAUUAAUAGACUCUGAUGAUGAAACAAAUGACGAUAGCCCACACAAGAAGAAAUCCAGAGGUAUUUUGAACUUGAAAUGCAAAGUUGAAAUUAUUAUUAGAGCUUAUCAUUGUUAUCAUAUGUCUUCAAGUUUUGAAGGGAUAGAGUCAAUUUUAAAGAGAAUCAAAGGACCAAUUAUUCAAGAAAUUUUAGAUGAUCACGACUUUUCACUUAUUGUCAGGUUGCUUGUUUCCAUUCCUGACUUUUCAGAACUUACGUUCCUUUUUGAUAUCUUAAUAGAAAAUGAACAGUUUGAGCUUAUUCUCAAAAAGAACAAGAACACAGACCAUGAUAAUAACAACCAAUUGAAAAUGGCCUUAUCAUCGUACGUGCAAACUAAAUUCCCUGAACAAAAUGAAAAGUUAGCAAUGGUUUACUUGAGAUUUAACAUGUUAAAAGAAUAUGGAACCUAUUUGUAUAAUAGAGGAUGUAAAGGAAUCAAGGUAAUUCAUAAGAGAUUAACAGACAAGGACGAUUCUUCAACAAGUGUCUCUAGUAAUCAAUCAAUUACACAUUUAGAUGAACAUGUACCACUAGAACAUGUUAUGAAGAUUGUUUGUGAAAAUUUUGAAUCUGCAGCAUCAUCAUUAGCCAAAGAAGAUUGUUGUCAAACUGCUGUCAAGUCAACUAACUUGGCUGCUCUCGUCAAACUUCAACUGAAGUUUUACAAUGAGCUCCCAAAUAAGAAGAAGCUCCAAAAUUUGCCAAUAAUUGUUGAACUUGGAUUGAAGGAAGCAAGAACCUUUAUUCAAAAUCAUGCAGACUUUGAGGAAUCAUUGAUAAUAGCCAAUGCUUAUGAUAUUAACACCAUGUCUGAUUGGAUUGAACCAAUUUACAAUAACUGUGUAAAGAAAGGAGAUUUGGAAUAUUUUAACUCACUCAGACAAUAUCUUCCAACAAGUACAAACUUAUUUAGAGAGGUCGCUAAACGUGUUAAACUUGAAAAACCUCUCAAUCCAAAGAAUUUACAAAAUUUCCACAAAUUCCUUUCAAUUCUUUGUAAUGACUACAAAGUUGUAAUGGAUAUUUGUGAAGAUUUGUUACAAUUAUUUUCAUCAAACUCUUCACUCGUUUCUGUUGCAAACUUGUUUGCAGAAUUGAACAAGAAGGCAAUUUCAAUUCUUGAUUAUGUUCCAAUAGUUGCUGUUUCCAAUGCUGAUAAUAUUUCAUCCAAUGAUGAUGAAUUGAAGUAAUUUUACAAACCUCUUAACAACAUGCAUCUAUCCCUUAAAAGCCAUACCACACUAUUUGAACAUCCAAAAUGGUUUUUGGAUGUUCUUGUUAAUGCUUUAGGCAAACCGAAUAAUUCUCAAUAACAAAUUAGAGCCCACAAAUCAAACUGAACCAACAUGAUAAUAGAAGUGAUAUCCAUAAAAACCAAUCGUAUGGUUCAUUGAAAAUAAACAAAUCAACAUUUCAUAAUAAU